CACUCUUGUUUGAGCCUUUGAUCAUCCGGCAUAUCUGAGAGAGCAAUCAAGAGGUGAUUUCUGGCCUUGAAUCGAUUCAAUAUCUAUUGGAAUGGCAGCCAAGCAAAUGGAAGAAAUAAGGAAGAAAUUGGCGACGCUCAACUACCCAAGAGCCAAUGCCCCUUCCCAGGCACUCCUUUUUGCCGGCAUGGAGCGCUACGCCCUUCUUGAAUGGCUCUUCUUCAAGUUGUUAGGAGAUAAAUCUCCAUUUUCACAGCAGAAUUUACAAGGGGACGAGGAAACCUCUCGCAUUCAAUAUCUGGCAGAGAUUGCAAAGUUUCUGGGUAUAACUACGACUGUGGACAUAGAUACCAUUCAGGGACGAGGAAGUUAUGAAGAUCGUACUGAAAUGCUACGUCUUAUUGUUGAUCUUGUGGAGGCUAGUUUAUAUGCUGAUAAUCCUAAUUGGAGUGUUGAUGAGCAAGUAAAUAAGGACAUUCAGUUAAUUGAUGCCAUAGCUGAGAAACAAGUUCAGAUCUUCUCUGAAGAGUGCAAGUUGUUUCCUGCUGAUGUUCAGAUCCAAUCCAUAUAUCCAUUGCCUGACAUUGCUGAUUUAGAGAAGCAACUCUCAGAUCAAUCUAGCAGACUUCUUAGUGUUCAAGAGAUGGUUGAUGAUUUAGCAUCAAAGCAUCCAUAUAACCCGGAUGAGGAAUAUGCAGAGGUUGAAGCAAUGUUGCGUACCCAUUUAGAAACCUUUCUAGAAACAGCAAGAUCCUUUAAUACAAUUUAUAAUAAGGAAAUUCGUCCGUGGACACACAUGAUGGAGGUGCCACAAUUGCACGGAUUUGGGCCAGCAGCCAAUAGAUUGCUGGAAGCAUAUAAUAUGCUUUGGAAGUUCCUAGGGAACUUGAAGAAUCUGAGGGACUCUCAUGCAGCAGUGGCAGUGGGAUCGUCAACAGAAACCGUUGGAGGAGAGCCAUCUUCGGUCACCCGAAUAAUAUCAGAAUGUGAAACUGCAUUGACUCUACUCAACCGCGACCUCUCCAUUCUCUCUGCUUCCAUUGCUCGCCAGCAAGGGGUUGAUGAGUGCUGAGCCCAGUGAGUUGGGGGAGGAAACAAAACCAGACAAAGGCUCCAUUAGGGAGUAUGCCUGAGAGUAAGAUUCUAUAUAUGGUACACUAUGCCUUUUUUGGUUUUGUUUCCUCAUAAGAGCUUCUCCAAUCACGCUCCACUCGUUUUAGAUGAUCUCUCCUCUCAUCCAGCGAAAAUAUGCAUUUUAUUAUUUAGUACUGCAUUUUUGUUGUUGUAGCUUUUCACAAUCAUUUUGUUUUGUUUAUAUGCUUAUGUAUAUAUCUUCUUAAGUACCUUAAUGCAUAUUUUUAAAAAAGUUACAGACUAUAAAAAGAAGUGAAAAAAUGAAUUUCUGUGAUUUGA